AUGGCCAAGUUGGCCUCAUUGGAGGAGGAGCUUAAAAACCUUCGCCUACGAGAUGUGAAGUCGACCCAAGUCGUGAUGGCGGAAGUUUGGGGAUGUUGUGGUGAAACGGGCCAUGGAGGCCACGAAUGCCCGAGAUACAUGGAACCGUUGCGCCGAGGAAUUCUGACGGCAGUGGAGGCUGUGGUGAGUCGAUGUUCCCAACUCGUUCUCCGACAUUUGAAAUUUCGAUUCAACGGCAGGCUGCAGAGGCAGCAACUGAGGGGACAACGACUGACGAUUGACAUCUACCGAAACCUCGAACACCACGCUGACUGGACUUUUGAUCUGCGCUGCGCCAACACCCUUAUCAUCGGAGAAUCGCCAGCGACCCUGAAUCCCACAGUGUGCAGGGAAGGUGGCACGCUGGUAGGGUUCCAGUCCCCUAAAUUCCCCCGAUGA